UCGUUUAAUUAGAGAACGUACACUUUCAAAAUGGCGCCCUACAUGUUUCUCCUCUGUCUCUGUCUCUUAGGAAUGUGUUCCUUCUGUAGAGGGUUCUACAUACCAGGAGUAGCUCCGUCAGAGUUUCAAGAAGGCUCGGCGCUAGAUAUCAAGGCGAUGUCAAUGACGAGCAUAAAGACCCAGCUUCCUUAUGAUUACUAUAUCCUCCCGUUUUGCUCUCCUAGUGAAGACACGAUACGUUACAAGACACUCAAUUUGGGGGAGGUACUAAGAGGGGACAGGAUUGUCAAUACUUUAUACAAUUUUUCUAUGCUCAAUGAGGUCAGUUGUCAGGUUUUAUGUGAAAAGUCCCUCACUUCAAAGCAGUCAAACGCGUUUUACGAGAGAAUCAGCGACGAGUACACACUUCACAUGUUGCUUGAUAACCUUCCAGCUGCUUCUGUUUUUAAAAAUCUUAAGACUGGUGAUUUACAAUAUGAAGAUGGAUUCAAGCUUGGUUAUAUAUCUUCCAACAAGGCAUACAUCAACAAUCACCUCUACAUAACUGUCCUUUACCAUCGCCUUCAAAGGAGUAUGAUUGAAGUGUCUUAUCGUAUUGUUGGCUUUGAGGUUGAGCCCCAGAGUAUUGCAAUGGACGCCAUGACUACAACAGCUGAGGGUAAUAAGGUCCUGUGUGCCCUCUCUUCUAAAGGAGAGCCUUCACCAAUGGAGAUAAAGAAAGACUCUCAAAACUCAGUUAGAUUCACAUUCAGUGUUCAGUUCAAAGCCAGUGAUGUAGCGUGGGCGUCACGCUGGGACACUUACCUCAGAAUGAGUGAUGUUCAGAUCCACUGGUUUGCUAUAUGUAACUCGGUGGCCAUUGUACUCUUCCUGACAGGUAUCCUGGCUCUCAUUAUCAUACGUACACUGAGGAGGGACAUAGCUAGAUACAACAUGAGGGAUGAAGAGAUGGAUGAGACACUGGAGGAAACUGGCUGGAAGCUAGUUCACGGUGAUGUGUUUAGACCACCUCAAUAUCCUACACUGUUGGUUGGGUGUCUGGGAUCUGGUAUACAACUCUUCUGUAUGUUACUGAUUAUAUUAGCAUUUGCAAUGUUUGGUAUGUUAAGUCCUGCUAGUCGUGGUGCACUACUGACUGCUAGUAUUGUCCUGUUCAUGUUUAUGGGGCUUAUAUCAGGCUAUCACGCCGCUAGAAUGUUCAGAACACUUAAAGGGAAUGAGUGGAAGAUGGCGGCCACUUUAACUGCAGUGCUAUAUCCUUCUGUUAUUUUCGGUAUCGGAUUUCUAUUGAACUUCUUCAUCUGGGGCAAGCAUUCUUCUGGAGCGGUUCCAUUCACGACAAUGAUUGCUCUCCUCUUCCUCUGGUUUGGUAUUUCCUUUCCUCUUGUUUUUAUCGGGUUUUAUUUCGGGUAUCGCAAGCAGCCUUACGAGCACCCGGUCCGGACCAAUCAGAUCCCCCGACAGAUCCCCGACCAGCCCUGGUAUCUCAGCCCUUUCCUUAGCUCUACUGUCGCCGGGAUCCUUCCAUUUGGGGCCAUCUUUGUAGAGCUAUUCUUUAUACUUUCAGCUAUUUGGGAGAAUCAGUUUUAUUACUUAUUUGGUUUUCUUUAUCUUGUGUUUGUCAUUCUAAUCAUCGCCUGUGCUGAAGUUGCCAUUGCUAUGACUUACUUCCAGCUUUGUGCUGAGAACUAUCAUUGGUGGUGGAGGUCAUACUUCAUCUCAGGGUCCCCUAGCUAUUAUGUUUUUGCUUAUGCCAUUAUAUAUUAUUUUACAAAGUUGGAGAUUGAAGAUUUCAUCCCAACUCUACUGUAUUUCGGUUAUACUACAGUAAUGGUGACUGGUUUCUGGCUCCUAACUGGUACCAUCGGCUUCUAUGCCACCUACUUCUUCAUCCGGCGCAUAUAUGCAGCUGUCAAGCAGGACUGAGGGUUGGGAGGAUAGCGGAUUGUGGGACGAUUUAUGUGUAUAUGUACUCCGUAAUGAUUAUUAUUAUUAAUUUUGAAUAAUGGGUUUAGAGGCAGCCAGCCAUGGUGUA